CUUGUGUCUGACGCGAAAGGUUUUUUCGGUCUGUGCGCAGCUGCUUCAGUUGUAGUUUUUCUACGUGUUUUAAGAGAAAAAGUGAAUGAAGACAUCAGACAGAGAACAGAAGUCCUCCUCCUCGGUUUAGGUCCAGCCUCACCCUCUCUCAGAUCAUCUCCAUCAUCCUCCAGCUCAGAUGUCGACUCCAGAUGCAGCAGGGACUCCAGGAGCUCCCGGGGCCCCGGAAGGUGAGGGGGGUCCUCCAGCUCAGGCCCCAAACCUGACGAGCAACAGACGACUCCAGCAGACACAGGCACAGGUGGACGAGGUGGUGGACAUCAUGCGUGUGAAUGUGGACAAAGUCCUGGAGAGAGAUCAGAAGCUGUCGGAGCUGGACGACCGCGCCGACGCCCUGCAGGCCGGAGCCUCGCAGUUCGAGAGCAGCGCUGCCAAACUCAAGAACAAGUACUGGUGGAAAAAUUGCAAGAUGAUGAUCAUCAUGGCCAUUGUAGGUGUUAUAUUUGUUGGCGUCAUUUUCUUGUAUUUCUUCUACUGAGCUGCUCUUCAGGGAUGGACGAACAAGUCACAGGACGAGUCUGCACCACCGAACACCAAAUCCAGCCUCUCCUCAGUGCUCCUCCACCCCAGCGAUGCCUUCCUCCAAAGCCUCCAUGCAUGCUCACGUAAUGUGCUCCACUACCUCCUUAUUGUGCCUCCGCAUGAGGCCGGUUUCCUGACUUUGUUACCGGGUUGGGUUUACUGCAGGUGUAAAAUCUGUUGACCCAGGUUUGUCCUUUAAACACUGAAACAAAAAGAAAAAACCUCCUGCUGCGCCUGGUUUUUCUGCAGCUCAGUGCAUGCAAGAUUCAUGGACAGGAAGCAGUGUGAGGUUUACUGGACACCAGUAAGAGCUGAAGUCGAAUAAUCAGCUGGCUUCUCUUCAGAGGGCUUCUGAGUGACCCAGAGGGAUGUGAGCAGCAUCCAAAAGAGUUGUUUGAGUUCCUUAAAUACAAAGGAAAGGAGCAGCAUUGCAGACUAAUCUUGAAAUAAAAUGAGGUUUCCGUGUUAUACUAAAAAUCUCUACAAAGUUAGGCUUUGUGCUUUAAAUAUAAAAUCAUCUAUCCAAGUAAAUUUAAACGUACGAUAAUUCAGUUCACAUAAUGCAGCCUUUAGGAUUCUCAUCGUCAGUCAUGGAAAUCUUAAUAAAGGCAGGAGUGACACUGGAUCGCCAGAUCAGCAGGAAGGGAAAUUAGAGAUAUUCAUCUUUUCUGUAAAGUUACAGCUUUGUAAAGACGAAAGCCUGCAUCGAACUUUGUUAUCAGGCUUGAAACCCAUCGUCUCUGUCAGGCUUUGAGGUUUCGAUGAUCCAGCAGCAGAGGAAGCCCGACUAUGAUGAACCUGCUCACCUCUCAGAACAGUUUGUUGCCUAAAUCGACCAAUUCUGACUUCCUCGCUCUUCAUCCUAACGCUCACGCCACGAAUCCUCAUGAGUGACACUGAAAUCAGGUUUCCUACUCGAGCUUGAAACAUUUAAGCACAGCUGCUCUUUCUGUGUUAAACCUGGGUUUACAGAUUCCUGCUGGGCUCUUCUCUCGGUGCAGACCAUUACUGAGCAGAAAUCUGACUUCCUGCGUGAUUAACCCACCUGCUCGCUUGCCCAGCUCCGUCCGGCUGUCCUGCAUUUGUUUCAUCGUGUUGUGAACCAGCCUGAGUUUUGUUAUCUGUGGUUUGAAUGUUCAACGUGUUUCUUUGUUCAGCCUGAAUCGGUCCCCUGUGUGUGAAGGAGCUUUGAGGCUGAAGUGAUUAUUUAACCUUUGAAAUAUAUUAGUCCAUCUUAGACCGAAUGGUGGAAGGUGGGAGUGGCUCAUCAUCAUCGUCAGUGUUUCUUCUGUACUUCUUUGACACGCUCAGAGAGAACAGCCUGGACUUUCUAAUAAAGUCAUGUUUGCUA